CGCGGCAGCGCAGGUAGAAAAUCUCGGGCAUUAAAGUGUCCCCCGGGGGAUCCUCCAGUUCUCGUCCGGGCACAAACACAAAACCUUCCUCGUCCUCCGCGCCCCCGCAAAUCUUUCCAGUUGCACUAUCCCCCUCUCUCGUUUCACAUCGCAUUCAUCGCCCCCGUCCGCUCUAUCCCCCAGCCCAUGCCAGGCCUCAGCUAGGCACCAGCAGCACUAGUAGUGCUCCUACGUAUAGGUGCAGUACUAGCGCGCGUGCCUCGAUCCUCCUCCAGCCAGCUUACUUGAGUGUUCUCUGUAGCUUGCCCCUCGCUCAGGCUCAGGGAGCGGCCAUUACUGAUACCCAUACCCGAUGGGGAGGGCGCCGUGCUGCGACAACAAGGGGCUGAAGAAGGGGCCGUGGACAUUGGAGGAGGACAAGGUCCUCGUCGACUUCAUCCAGGCCAAUGGCCACGGCAGCUGGCGCCUGCUUCCCAAGCUCGCAGGGCUGAACCGGUGCGGCAAGAGCUGCCGGCUGCGGUGGACCAACUACCUGCGGCCGGACAUCAAGCGCGGGGCCUUCACCGACGAGGAGCAGAAGUCCAUCGUCCAGCUCCACGGCAUCGUCGGCAACAAGUGGUCGAUGAUCGCGGCGCAGCUGCCCGGGCGGACGGACAACGAGAUCAAGAACUACUGGAACACCCACCUGAAGAAGCAGCUGAGACGGAUGGGCCUCGACGAGCCCCCGCCGGGCCCAACCGGCGGCUGCCCCGCGGCCCGUCACAUGGCCCAGUGGGAGACCGCGCGCCUGGAGGCUGAGGCGCGCCUCUCGCUGCUCUCCUCAUCCGCCGCCGCCGCCGCCGCCGCGACGGCCACCACCACCACCACAACCUCCGGCUCCGCCGCCUCCUCUUCCUCUUCGGCGGCGGCGGAUUCGAAGCCCGCGGACGUGUUCCUGCGCCUGUGGAACUCCGACAUCGGGAGCUCCUUCCGCAAGGUGGAGGCGGGCCAUGGGCCGCCGGUGUCGUCCGCCAAGGAGGAGGCCCACGACGCGGUGAAGCCGCAGGGGGACGAGUCGUCCAGCAGCGAGAUGGACGCGGCCUCGGCAGAGUACCAGAUGUUCCUCGACUUCGCCGGCGAGGAGCUGGGGCUGUUCCACGGCCGGCACGGCGGCUUCUCGCUGUUCCCGCCGCUCGACGUGCUCUCCGAGGCGUCCCUCGACACGGCCUUCUAACCGCAACGGCAAGCGAUCGAAGCGAGACCUAGCUAGCUAGCCAGCGCUCGCUACGUACGCCUGUUGUGCUGCGCAUGUACGUAUAAUCGUAUAUAUGCAUGUUGUCUUUUGUGGCGUACUCCUGCAGGCGUAUGGCGCCGCGUACGAAAAUUAGUACUUGGGCACGAGAAUUUUGUGGGGGCUAGGGACUUAGGGUUUUAAUUAGGAGGGGGUCUAAUUAACCUGCAGCUGAGGCUGGACAUCAUGGUGUAUUAGUUACAGCUUGUGAUGGCCGGGAUUCACUCCGGAGACGCUCUAAUACAUCUGAUGAUGUUCGAUCUUCAA